AUGGCUGGUCCUUCUCCUACCCAUCUCUCACCCCGGACCGCCGGUAGUCCCAUCCUUCCGCCCAACUCAUCGCUCAGGCCGAGCCCUGUCAACGAGGACAGCAGCGCCGACGAGGCUACUGGGUUCAUAUCUCAUACGCCGCCCCUCAAUUACAACUCGCUCAAUGUUACAAGUACCGCGACCUCGGCCCCACAGGUCCGUAAACCAUCCUUACGCCAGCGACCAUCUUCUCAACAAAACAAUGGCGCUGCCCAGAACCCAGAGACGGCUCGACAAGCGAACUCGGAGAGUGGGAAUACAUCGUGGUGGCAAAGUCAGGCAGAGAAGUUUCAGUCGAUAGAGCUGGAGAACAAGGGCAGCGUCGCUCGUGAUCACCUCGCCAUCGGUAAGCUUCACCCUUGGUAA